AUGCUGCACAAGUAUCUCCUGUUGCCACUUCUGGCAUCCUAUGGUGCGGCCGUCACUAUCUCCGUAGCGAAGUCUGGCGGCAAUGCUACGUCAGGUCUACAGUAUGGUGCAAUGGAAGAGGAAAUCAACCACUGCGGCGAGGGAGGUCUCUAUGCCGAAUUGAUUCGCAACAGAGCUUUCCAAGGCAGUUCCAAGUUUCCUACUUCACUGGAUGCCUGGACUGCUGCUGGAGAUUCUUCGCUGUCCCUGAAGAACCUGACUGAUCCCCUGUCCACCGCUCUCCCGACCUCUGUCAACGUCAAGGGAAGUGGUACUGCGGGUCUCAUCAACGCAGGUUUCUGGGGCAUCGAUGUGCGCCCACAAAAGUACAGUGGAUCCUUUUACGUGAAGGGCUCCUACAGUGGCUCCUUCACUGCCUCCCUCCUGUCACCCAGUGGAAAGGUGCUUGCCACUACCAAGGUCAACUCAAAGAGCAAGGCAGACUCUUGGGUGCAGCACAGCUUCACUCUGACCCCCAAGGCCAAGAGCUCUGACAUCAAGAAUACCUUCUCACUGACUUUCGAUGGCUCCAAAGCAUCAAGUAACUCGCUGGACUUCAAUCUGAUUAGCUUGUUCCCACCUACAUGGAAUGACCGCCCCAACGGCAUGCGCAAAGACUUGAUGCAGGCCAUGAAGGACAUGGGUCCCACUUUCCUUCGUUUCCCCGGAGGCAACAACCUUGAGGGUGACACCAUCGAGGGCCGCUGGAAGUGGAACGAGACGAUCGGACCUCUCAAGGACCGCCCUGGUCGUGCCACCACCUGGCAAUACCAGGAAACCCUUGGACUUGGCUUGAUUGAAUACAUGGAGUGGUGUGACGAUCUCAACAUGGAACCUAUCCUCGCCGUCUGGGGCGGUCUUGCUCUUAACGGUGACUUGGUCCCUGAGUCUGAGCUUGACUUCUACGUGCAGGAUGCACUCAACGAAAUCGAGUUCUUGACUGGAUCUGUGGACACCGAGUAUGGCGCUUUGCGUGCCAAGGUUGGCCACCCAGAACCUUGGAAGAUCAACUACGUUGAGGUUGGCAACGAGGACAACCUUAACAGCGGUUUGGAAUCAUACAAGGCGUACCGGUUCCCAGCAUUCUAUAAGGCUAUCACAGCCAAGUACCCCGACAUCCAGGUGUUGGCUUCGACCAUCGACAUGACUAUCCCUGGAACCGCCGGUGGUGAUUAUCACCUCUAUGACACCCCGGAUAACUUCAUCACCAAGUUCAAUAUGUUCGAUAGCUACUCGAAGGAGCACCCGAUCUUGCUUGGCGAGAUUGCUGCCACUGAGCCAAACAACGGAGUUGGCAUUGACUGGUCCAACACCCAUUUCUCCCUCUACCCGUGGUGGAUCGGUUCUGUGGCCGAGGCUGUCCUGCUUUUGGGCGCAGAACGUAACGCUGACAAGAUCAUCGGAACGACCUAUGCUCCUUUUUUGAUGAACAAGGACAGCUACCAGUGGUCUCCGACCAUUCUCUCCUUCAACUCCAACCCUGAUCAAACAGCGCGCUCCACCAGUUUCCACAUCUACAGCCUGUUCAACCACAAUAUCAUGACCGACACCCUUCCAUCCACCUCCCCCGACUCUUUCGGUCCCCUGUACUACGCGACUGGCCUGGACAGCAAGACCAACUCGCACAUUUUUAAGGGAGCGGUCUACAACAGUACCGCCGACGUGCCUGUGUCGCUGACAUUCGAGGGUGUCGGCCGUGGCACCAAGGCUGACUUGACUAUCUUGACUGCCCCUGACGCCUUCAGCAUGAAUGCCGUGGGUGGAUCCAACCUUGUGAAGAGCAAGACUACUCAGAUAAAGGCUGGCAAGAAGGGCGAAUUCAGCUUCAAGUUGCCCAAUCUGAGUGUUGCUGUGCUUUCCACCAAUUAG